ACUUAGGGAUACCUGAAAGACAAGGCCCCGGACUAUCCGUUGCACUUUGACUUGACCCGGAGAACGUUCGUGCCCAACUAUGGCUACUCAGCUCGUUCCUCUGCCGGAGGUGGAGAGACUCAGUGCUUCAGUGGUGCGGAUACUUGGUGGUAAUCCCGGCAAGUUUACACUGCAGGGAACAAACACAUAUCUGAUAGGUCGUGGACCUCAACGGAUUCUGAUUGACACAGGUGAAGGCAAGCCUUCCUGGGCUGCUCACCUGAGGACAAUCCUGUCGGAAGAGAAUGCCACCGUGCAUAAAGCACUCCUGACGCACUGGCACCAUGAUCACGUCAAUGGCAUCCCUGACCUUCGCAAGCUUUGUCCUCAAGUCACUAUCUACAAGAACCAACCAAACGAGGGACAGAGUGGUAUCGAGGAUGGACAGGUCUUUUCCGUAGAGGGAGCCACAUUGAAAGCGUUUCAUACACCGGGACAUACCGUUGAUCAUAUGAUAUUUGUGCUAGAGGAGGAAGAUGCCAUCUUUACUGGUGAUAACGUUCUGGGACAUGGGACUGCAGUAUUUGAAGAUUUGAAAGUGUAUCUGUCCAGUCUCCAGCGUAUGCAAGACCGCGUUUCCGGUCGCGGGUAUCCUGGCCAUGGAGCGGUGAUUGAGAAUGCGACGGCGAAGAUCACUGAAUACAUCAAGCAUCGACAACAGCGUGAAGAUGAAGUGAUCCGCGUGUUGCGUUAUGGAAAACUUGAUGUCCCUGAUGAUGAACCAUCACCGGAGCGGAAGGCCUCUUGGACCCCCCUCGAGAUAGUGAAAGUGAUAUACUACAACGUCCCGGAAAGCCUUCACCUGCCAGCGUCGCACGGUGUGCUGCAGGUGCUGAUGAAAUUAGAAGCCGAGGGUAAGACAGUCCAUGACACGGAAUCGGAUAAGUGGAGGCUGGAAACCGGGAAGUCUGCGCUAUAA